AUGACGUUGCUCAUCGCUGGACAUGAAACCACUGCAGCCAUGCUCACGUGGACACUCCAUGAGCUGGUGAAGCCGGAGAACUCCGUCUUCCUGCGGGAAGUGCAGGAGGAGGUCGACACCGUCCUGGAGGGACGAAGCCCAACUUUCGAGGAGCUGACGCAGUUGCCAGCGCUGCGUGCAUGUCUUCUCGAGGCUUUGAGGCUGUAUCCGGAACCUCCUUUGCUUAUCCGCCGAUGCAUCGCUGGAGACGACGUGGCUGUAGGCCCCCUUUGCCAUGACGUGCAAUCCGAGACGGUGUCGUUCUUGCCUGGCCAGGAUAUCUUCAUCUCUACAUGGUCUCUUCAGCGCUCGGAGACUCUGUGGGGAGAGGAUGCAAACAGGUUCAACCCACACCGGUGGAAGGAGAAGAUCAACGGGAAUGGCCUUUGGCAGGGAUAUUCACCUGAAAAGUCCACCAACUACCCAGACGAGAGGGCCACAGACUACGCCUUCUUGCCUUUCGGGGCCGGUUCGCGGAAAUGUGUCGGCGACAACUUCGCACUCCUGGAAGCAGAGGCUGUGCUGGUUGCCCUCUUCCAGCGCUUCGAGUUCAAGGCGCCUGCCGGAAAGCGCAAGGUGGAGAUGACGACAGGGGCAACAAUCCACACUGCAGGUGGUCUUCUGAUGGAGGUGAAAAAGCGAACCGAUCGGCGAGCACAGAAACAUGGCGAAGGUCGGAAGGAAGUGGAUGUGAAGGGAGUGGUCAACAUGGAGAAGAAGCUACGAGGUACGGUCGCGCAGCGAAUCGAGCCGGAAGCAUUGGUCGUUCCCACGGCCAAAGAGCUGCGCAUGCUUUUCACUGCACAGAAGGAGGAUGUGCGAAAGCUCUCGCCAACGCCGGAGCUUUUCGAAGCUUUGGAGAAGGCCUACAAGCAAUGCCAGGAGGUGACCAAAGAGUACUCCAAAACGUUCUACCUGGGCUCGCAGCUCCUGGACCAAGAUGAGCAGCGUGUCGUUUGGGCCAUCUACAAUUGGUGCCGAAGCACGGAUGAGCUGGUGGAUGGACCUGAAGCCGCCAACACCACGAUGGCGGACCUCGAGGAAUGGGAAGAGAGACUUAACAGGAUCUUCCAGCUGCAGGUGCCUGCAGAUGGUGAUCCGGCGGACUUGGCGAUGGUGGACAGCAUUCGCAAGUUCUCGUUGAUCCAGAGACCUUUCCAAGACAUGGUCGGCGGGAUGGCAAUGGAUCUGGUCAAGGAGAGGUAUGCCACCUUCUAUGAGCUGGAGGUAUACUGCUACCGCGUUGCUGGCACGGUGGGGAUCAUGACGCUGCCAGUGCUUGGCUUUGACCCAAUGCAGAACUUCACGGAGGAGUUACAGGAAGAAACGAUUGCUGCGGCAAUGUCCCUCGGCGUCGCUUUCCAGCUGACGAAUAUUUUGCGAGAUGUUGGUGAGGAUGCCAGGCGUGGUAGAAUCUACGUUCCUUUGGAGGAUCUCACGCGUUUCGGCAUCACCGAGGAUGAGGUGUUGGAGGCCUCUCAGACUGAGGGACUUCUCUACCACGAGAAGAAGUGGAAAGAUUUCAUGGAGUUUCAGAUGCAGCGGUGCGAAGAGGAGUACGACAACGCGAAGGCCGGCAUCGUUGGCCUCUCGGAAGUCAACCGUCUUGGUGUGAUGGCGGCACUAUAUGUCUACGGUGACAUCCUGCAUCGUAUUCGAGAGAAUAACUACGACAAUCUCAGCCGCCGGGCAUACGUGCCCUUCAUUGACAAGGUUUUCUUGAUGGGCAAGGCCUGGCUCAAGUGCCAGGAGCUGAAAAAGGUGGCUCAGGAAAACAUCCGAAGUGGCAAAGUCUUCACGCGAAGGAAGGAACACUGA